GUAACCAAAAAGACCUUUGCCACAGGUCAAAAAUAAACAGUGGAUCAGGAGACUGUGAACCCAAGCAAAGAUCACAACCCAGUUAGAACCACUAAAUCAGUAUAAGCUAUGUCAAACGAUUUCAGGAGGAUUGUUUUAUUCUUUUCCCUAACUUUGAAUGUAGUUCUGCUGAUCUCAACCGCAACUGCCCAGUCAUGCGAGGGGAAGUGUGGUGAGAAACUGGACACAUGCUCAUGCCAGUCAACCUGUGGGUCUCUGGGUACUUGUUGUGCAGACGUGAAGCAGUUCUGUCUGGACAUCUCACCCCACUCAGGGUCUAUGUUGGGGGGGACAGACUUCAUUCUGCUCAAUAGAGUUUUUCAUCAAAGUGAUACAAUACUCUGCAGGUUUAAAGCAUCAGCCGAGACAAAAGGGCAUGUCGAUGCUGGCGGUGUCGGCCACUGCAUUUCGCCUCUACUCUAUGAAACUGGGUGGAUCCCGUUUGAGGUUUUGAUUAAUGGAGUCACCAAGGGAUGGGGAACAUGGCUAUCAGUGCACCACAGCAAACUGGCCCCGAGGUUUAAAAUCACACUGGUCAACGCCACACAAUGGCAGUACUAUGGCACACCAAACACUGGAGGAACCCUGCACAUGACGUGGAACUCCUCUCUUAUCUACACUGACAAGGUCAACGUGGAACUAUGGGGUUAUAAUGAGACAGGUGAGCAGUACAGUGAGUCCUGGACAGCAGAGUGGCAGUAUCUGUACUCAGUGCGAAAGGCAGUUCCCAACACGGGGGCCUUCAGCUUUGUGCCCAACCCAGCCGCGGACCCCUACUGGAGGUGGGAGAUGGGGAGCAUGAGAGUCAGUCCCAGCUCAGACACUGAUGGACGGAGGGAUGUGAACGCCUUAUGGAGUGGAGCUCACGCUUUAGCCUGGCACCUGGAGCAAGCCUUCAGAGGCGACUCGGCCCGGUGGGCCACAGCUAAGUGCCUGGCCUGGGACGCCACGGAGGAACGUCUGCCCGACUUCCUCUCCGAGGUCCCAGACUGCCCCUGCACACUCGUCCAGGCCAGGGCAGACACGGGCAGAUUCCAUACUGACUACGGCUGUGACAUGGAGAAGGGGAGUAAGUGCACAUACCACCCAGGAAGUGUUCACUGUGUCAGAGCCAUACAGGCCAGCCCUAAGUAUGGAGCAGGUCAGCAGUGUUGCUAUGACAGCACAGGCGCCCAGGUGUUGACAGGUGACUCCACUGGGGGCAGUACACCUGACCGAGGGCAUGACUGGGGCUCCCCACCAUAUGAGAAGCCCCCCCGAAUCCCGGGCCUCUCGCACUGGAAGUACGACGUCCUGAGCUUCUACUACUGCUGCCUGUGGUCGGAUAACUGCCAGUACUACUUCAAACACCGGCCCUCGAGUGACUGCAGGACCUACACGCCUCCUCAAGCUGGCACUGUGCUUGGCGACCCCCAUUUCAUAACUUUUGACGGCAGCGCCUACACCUUCAAUGGCAGAGGGGAGUACUACCUGCUGUCCAGCCCAGACAAAGGCCUGUUUGUUCAGGGCAGAACAGAGGCGGUGAAACUGGAGAACGGCAACCUAGCCCGGGCCACCAGGCUCUCCUCAGUGGCUAUGAGGGAGAACAGCUCUGAUGUCAUUGAAGUGCGACUCACCGCCCGCCCCAACACCUUGGAGGUGCUGAGGAACCAGGAGGUUCUCUCCUUUGCAGAGCAGAGCUGGAUGGACCUGCAAGGAGUGUUUGUGUUCUCUGCCACGGCGGAGAACGUGAGCGUGAUGUUCCCCUCAGGCGCUGGGGUGGAGGUGCGGGCCCGAGAGGCCACCAUGACAGCCACCGUGCUCCUGCCCCUGGAGUUCACCAACCACACGCAAGGCCUUCUGGGUAGGAUGAACGAUGACCCCGAGGAUGACCUAAUCUCCAGUGAUGGACAGAGCUUUGAUGCCAGUCAAAGCAGACCUGAGGAUCUCUUUCGCUUUGGAUCGACCUGGGCCAUAUCCAAUGAGACGUCCCUGUUCACCUAUGACUCACCCUACCUGCAGGACGCCUACCUGUCCUCCCCUAAGCACGACCCAGGCUUUGUUCCGGCGUUUUCUCUACCCGAGACUCCUGGAGACCCCUUGUUGAGUGAUAUGCUGAAAAUGUGCUUUGGGAACGGGGUCAGUUUCUGUAAAUAUGACACCCUGGUCACACGCAGCCUGAGGAUGGGCAACGCCACCAUGAGGGCUUUCCAGAGCCAUGCCGCUCUGACCAAAGACCUCACGGCAGUGGUGUCCUGUGGCUUCCUGCCUGCCCCUGCCAGAGGUGAGAAGGAGGGGUGGGUGUACCUAGAUGGGGCAGAGCUGACCUUCUCCUGCCCCAGGGGCCAAGUCCUGUUUGGCUCCCAGCAGCGCACCUGUCAGGAGAGUGGACAGUGGUCAGGCACCGCCACCCACUGCGUCUCAGACAACAUGCAGGCGAUCAUACUGGGCUCUGUGGGGGCCAUGACGGCUCUGGUGACUCUACUUGCAGCCAUUACCUUUUACAACCGGAGGCUAAAAAGGGAGAGAGAGGAAAAACGGAACGAGACCGUGACCUUUACACUGUGACUGCAUUCUACUGAGCGUGUUGUGCUUUCUCAUCUUUUAUACUCACGCUGUCUAAAAUGGUCAUGUGGUAUGUGUAACUGUUUUUUCAACAAUACUGCAGGUUAUUUAUCAGGAAUGUCUUUAAGUAUGAACAUGUUGAUCAGUACUUUCGUCAAUAUAUGUUCUCUCAGUGUGCAGUACAUGUGAAACAGAAAAAUCGAUAACUGACGCAUGCACUUGGAUAAUUAUGAGAGUUCCUUGGUUUAACAUGUUAACGUCUAAGUCCCAUUGUGAAUACAGUACUGAUGAGUUCAAGAUAAGGAAAGAGAGCAGAUGUAUGUACAGAAUAUAAUUCAUCUUGCUGUAAUGGACUGAAAUGAAGGGGCUGUAUGCUUGACAAAGAAUGGACUGAAUAGUUAUUCAUUUAGUUGGCUUACCUGUCUAAUUAUGCUGUUGUCAUUGCAUUUAUUUGUUUAAGGAAAUCAAGCAUUCUAUGAAAAAUCUAUGAAAAAUCAGACCUCCUUAUUUUUAACCAGAUAAUUCUAUUUAUGUUGUAAAUGUGCUGCUAGGAGAUCAUUUUUAAUAGUUCUUUGUUAUAAAUGACUUCAAAAUAAACAGAUAUUUUUCAAAAUA